AUCGCGUCUGGCCGCUGCUACGGGUCGGUGGUGGUGCUCGGGGAGUGCAUGGUUACCGCCGACACAGCCCGACUUGUCGCCGCAGAACGGGUCCCGCUGGUGGUCGAGAGGGGCUUUCUCCUUGUCGUCAGGCUGGUACUUUGAAGAAGCACAAUCAUGGGCGUGGAGGUCGAGACCAUAUCUCCCGGCGACGGAAGAACCUUUCCAAAGAAGGGCCAGACAUGUGUUGUCCAUUACAUAGGUAUGCUGCAGAAUGGGAAAAAGUUUGACUCCUCUCGAGACAGGAACAAGCCAUUCAAGUUCAAGAUUGGACGCAUGGAGGUCAUUAAGGGCUGGGAGGAAGGAGUAGCACAGAUGAGCCUGGGUCAGAGGGCUAAAAUCACUUGCACACCAGAUAUGGCUUACGGAGCGACGGGCCACCCCGGAGUCAUCCCCCCCAACGCCACACUUAUAUUCGACGUGGAACUGCUCAAGCUGGAGUGAUACGUUGGGUUUCACAGAGUUUGCAUCCGCCACAACCUGUUUCCACAGGGCGCUGCCUCCCACCAUCCACCCGCUCUAUCUAUGAUUUCUACAGUCCUCUUCAGUUCAAUAUUUAAACGUUUUUACUGCUGCUUUUUUGCCAUCAUGUCAUAAUAAAGACUGCAAGGAAAUGUUCAAACCAUGUAUGACUUCCAACACACCACACUUUGGUUUGUCAGUUUGUUAGAGAUGCUUUUUUGUUUGUUUAUUGUCAUUCGAAGUUGUACAUUUUGUUGAACCAAGAGGAAACCAGUCGGUUGACGAAAAAAAGCCGCACUUCAUUGCAAAUCGAAACAUACUGCCUUACAGUUUCAGCGGCAGAGGAGGGUUACCCGUGUUCUAAGUACAAUACCUCUGCACUGUAUUUUAACUGGGCAUUAUUUACUGCUGUCUGCAUUGCCACUUUGGUUAAGGUCUGUCCCGCUUAAUGCCCUGAAUGAUGUGGCCGUGUUUAGUAUAUUUUAUAUCCCUCAAACAAAUACUGCAAUUGUACCCUGUCAAAUCGUAACCCAAUCCAAUACUGUGCCGAACACUGUAACAGCCACUGCUACUGCCGUGACAGUUUAUCGACCAACUCUUGAAAUAAAAAUGGCAUGUACUGUGUUGAGAA